CUCUCUCAUGGAGGGUGUGUGUUUGUGUGAGGAGACGAAUGAACAAGGGCUUCCACCUGGGUUCAGGUUUCACCCAACUGAUGAGGAGCUCAUAAUGUUUUAUCUUGCCACCAAGGUGUUCAAUCCGAGUGGCUCUACACCUGUUAGCAUUGCAGAGGUUGAUCUCAAUAGGUGUGAGCCUUGGGAGCUUCCAGAGAUUGCAAAGAUGGGAGAGAAAGAGUGGUAUUUUUUCAGCCUAAGAGAUAGAAAAUACCCAACGGGGCAUCGCACAAAUAGAGCAACUGACGCUGGUUAUUGGAAGGCAACGGGCAAGGACAGAGAAAUUCACAGUGCAACCAAUGGAGUCCUUGUUGGAAUGAAGAAAACACUUGUUUUUUACAGAGGGAGAGCUCCUAAGGGGCAGAAAACCAAUUGGGUUAUGCACGAGUAUCGUCUUCAGGGUGAUUUCUCAUAUCACCUUGCCUGCAAGGAAGAAUGGGUUAUAUGCAGAAUAUUUCACAAAGUAGCAGCAGCUGAGAAAAGGAACCUGCUCCUCUUAAGGAACAACAACAAAUAUUUUUUAGACAUUGCCUCCCAAUUCUCUUUGCCCCCUCUCCUUGAAUCCCCAACCACUGAACCAGUACAGCCCUCAUCGGAAAUCUCACGACCCAGUUUCAUGAGACCCCAAGUUGAAGACCCCCAAAACCUUUCUCUCUCUAACCCCAAUUCCCACUCUCUCACUAACCAUCACUCUCUCUCUACCCCCAACUCUCUCUCUCCCCCGUAUUUUAGCAACAUUCCAUCGCAUUUACUGCCCCCCAACCGUGCCCCUUCCCCAAUGAGCCUCCCACCUUUCCCUUCCGAAAGCUUUCUCUCUCUAGACCAUUCACUCCUAAAAUCUCUCUCUAGCCAGUCAGGGCCCUAUAGUGAGAGAGAGUAUGACAUAAUACAUCGUCAUGGCCCUCAAAUCAUCAGCUCAAGCUGCUCAGACCGUGGAGUCUCAGAGAUGGUUAGUGAUGUGUCUCCAUUGAUGGGAUUCAUUCAGCUGGAUGCUAGCACAGUAGGGGUAGCUGCUGCUUCACCCGUGGGUCAUGGCUGGAUCCUCUGACCCCCUAAUCUAUAAUCUCUCUCUCUAUCUCUCAUCUAUAAUCUCUCUCUCUCUCUUCGUUUUACAUAUGUUGAAUCACUGUUGGGUGUAUUUAUGAAGAACAUGUAAUAAUGUUAUAUGGUGAAGAAUCUUA